GUAACAUUUUAGUCAAGAAUGAAAUGGUACAAGCUGAUGUGAAGCUUUUCUUUUUAUCAUAGUGUUAUUCUUUCAUCUCCAUUUCUUUCACUUAUUAUUUCUUCUCCAUAGUGUACAGUUUCUUAUUAAGCGUUUUCUUUCUUUUUUUCUAUCUCCUUCCUGACAUCUAUCAUGUAGCUCUUCUCUCUUUAUUCAAUCAUUUUGUCUCUUCUCUCAUUCACCCAUUAUCCUAUUUAAUUACUUUACAAGCACACAUCUCUUCCUAUUUCGUGUUUUUCUCUGCUUCCUUGUAUUUACGGUUUCGUCUCUUCUCCUUGCUUCAGUCCAUCGUGUUCGAGGUGUAUCUUCGUGUAUCAUGGAGGGACACUCGCCUCGUCUUUCCUCAUUCCAUUCUCAACGCCUCCAGUGAUGCUCCUAAGGACUCCUCCAACACCCAGGAGAAAGCAUCUAUGACAGUGUCCCCAGCGCUACUGAAGAAGGUGUGGGUGCCUGACGUGUUCAUUCGAGGCACUCGCUCCCUCGACACGUUCACCUUCCUGCAGAAGUUCCAGGGCGUCACCAUUUCGUCAGAUUCCACCGUGUACACCUCCGUCAUGAUGCAGCUCAAACUUGUGUGCAGCAUGUCCUUCUACAUGUAUCCCUUUGACGUCCAGCGAUGCACUGUCUUUAUCAAAAGCUCUACUGCAGACAUCUACCAGCUGCACGAGCUCGCUCUGGACUGGAUGCCACCUGGACUCAGCACAGACGAGGACCUCAAGCGGCAGCUGGCGAGCUAUGACUUUUCGGUGAGGAGUCUGAACGGCACCACUUGUUCCUGCACCAAGUGUGUGCCCGGUGAGUCAGUCCCUGGCCUCUCUCACGCACUCAAACACGCAUUUGUCAGGAAUAGGAAUCACAAACCUACUCCCCGGCACUCUUAA